UACCAUGUGAAGUCAAAGUCUUGCCAUUUUCUACCUAUUCUUUAUAUCUUCUCUUUGGAAGAAGUGUGUGAAGUGAAGCUCAAAUGAGUUAAGAUUCAAGACACAGAAACAAGGAAGAAGAGUAACAACAACCAUGUCAGAAUCAAACGCAAUUGCAAAUGGUUUGGCUGGUGCAGGUGGUGGAAUUAUUGCUCAAAUCAUAACUUAUCCUCUUCAAACGGUAAACACGCGCCAGCAAACUGAGAGAACACUCAAAAGGAACAAGCAAAGUUUGCUUCCACAGUCCUCCAACUCGACCAAAGCUCCUGGCACUCUUCUUCAGAUCUUUCAGGUCAUUGGAAGUGAGGGUUGGGGUGGACUCUAUAGUGGCCUCAAGCCUUCUCUUCUUGGAACUGCUGCUUCUCAGGGCAUUUACUAUUAUUUCUAUCAAGUUUUCAAGAACAAGGCUGUGGCCAUUGCAGCUGCGCGGAAAGUGAAAGGGCAUGGAAAUGGUAUUGUUGGGAUGUUUGGUUGGCUUCUUGUGGCUGGACUAAAUUGA